GAUGGCGGGACCCGGGGGGGAUGCCGAGGAGGGAGGCGGGAACCUGGGCUGGGAAAAGCGAGGAAGGAAGAGGGAACCUGGGCCAAGAAGGCCGGGGAGGAAAGCGAGAGUCUGGACCCUGCAUAGAGCGAGGAGGGAAGCGAGAACUAAGCAGAAGGAACCAGAAUCCAAGGCCGAGGAACACGGAGGAGGGAGGGAGUAGGGAGCCUGGGCCGGGGAGCGCCCUAAAGGCAACCGGUAGUCCAGGAUGGACAGCGCCGAAGAGGAAACUAGAAGCCCGGGGCUGGUGUUACAAGUCGAUUUGUGUUUGAGACUGCAUGCGACUUUGGAGACACGACAGUAAGGGGUGGGUAGUCUCUAGCUGGAAUGGAUUGGGAGCUGGAAAACAGGAAACAAGUCAGAAGUCAGGGACAAGAAGAGGCUAACAUGAUUGGUACCAUUAUAAUUUAGUGUAAGUCAGCUCUUAACCUUCUGAGAGAACCCACUGCUGGGAACUUCAGAUACACUUCCCUUCUCAUGGGUACAGCCACUUCUCCAGCUGUCUCCUCAGUGUUUCCUCUGGGCAUGCAGUAGUCCACCUGCUCUGGUGGGUCUUGUCUCUCCGGUGAGUCCUCUUGGACAAGAGGAUCCAAGCCAACCCAGGCAGUCUCCAUCCAUGGGUUGCCCAUCUAGAGCUCAGGCAUCAGUGUCAUUCAAAGAUGUGACUGUGGACUUUACUCGGGAGGAGUGGCAGCACCUAGAUCCUGCUCAGAAGACUCUGUACAUGGAUGUGAUGUUGGAAAACUAUUGCCAUCUCAUUUCUGUGGGGUGUCACAUGACCAAACCUGAUGUGAUCCUUAAGUUGGAACGAGGAGAAGAGCCGUGGACAUCAUUUACAGCUUCCUGCUUAGAAGAAAAUUGGAAAGAGGAAGACUUUUUAGUGAAAUUCAAGGAACACCAAGAUAAGUUUUCUAGAUCAGUUGUAUUCAUCAACCACAAAAAACUGAUUAAGGAAAACAGUAAUGCAUAUGAAAAGACAUUUACUUUAAGCAAAAACCCUAUUAAUUCAAAAAAUCUACCUCCUGAAUAUGAUACUCAUGGAAAAAUUUUUAAAAAUGUUUCAGAAUUAAUCAUCAGUAAUCUAAGUCCUGCAAGAAAAAGACUUAGUGAGUAUCAUGGAUAUGGGAAAUCACUCCUUAAUACUAAAGCAGAGACAGCUCAACCUGGAGUCAAAUCCCAUAAUCAACGUGGCAGGGCUGUUAGUCAUAACGAAGUACUUAUGCAGUACCAUAAGGUGGAAACUCCGGCACAGUCAUUUGGAUAUAAUGACUAUGAGAAAGCCUUCCUUAAAAAGGGAGGAUUAAUUACACAUAAUAGAGCUUACAGAAGGGAAAACCCAUCUGAAUAUAAUAAAAGGAGAAGAGCAACCAAUAUUGAAAAAAAACAUACAUGCACUGAAUGUGGGAAGUCCUUCUGCAGGAAGUCAGUAUUGAUUCUGCAUCAGGGAAUUCACACAGAGGAAAAACCCUAUCAGUGUCAUCAAUGUGGAAAUUCAUUUAGAAGGAAGUCUUAUCUCAUUGACCAUCAGAGAACUCACACAGGAGAAAAACCCUUUGUUUGUAACGAAUGUGGAAAGUCUUUUCGCCUAAAGACAGCCCUCACUGAUCAUCAGAGAACACAUACAGGGGAGAAGUCAUAUGAAUGUCCACAGUGUAGGAAUGCCUUCAGAUUGAAGUCACACCUCAUUCGUCAUCAGAGAACUCAUACGGGAGAGAAACCGUAUGAGUGUAAUGACUGUGGGAAGUCCUUCCGCCAGAAGACAACACUCUCUUUACAUCAGAGAAUUCAUACAGGAGAGAAACCCUAUAUUUGUAAAGAAUGUGGGAAGUCCUUUCAUCAGAAGGCAAACCUUACUGUACAUCAGAGGACUCACACAGGGGAAAAGCCCUAUAUAUGUAAUGAAUGUGGAAAAUCUUUCUCCCAGAAGACAACCCUCGCUCUUCAUGAGAAGACUCAUAAUGAGGAGAAACCCUACAUUUGUAAUGAGUGUGGGAAGUCCUUCCGCCAGAAGACAACCCUUGUGGCACAUCAGAGAACACAUACAGGGGAAAAAUCCUAUGAAUGUCCUCACUGUGGGAAGGCCUUUAGAAUGAAGUCAUACCUCAUUGAUCAUCACAGAACUCACACUGGAGAGAAACCAUAUGAAUGUAAUGAAUGUGGGAAGUCCUUCAGUCAGAAGACAAAUCUAAAUCUACAUCAGAGAAUUCAUACAGGGGAGAAACCCUAUAUUUGUAAUGAAUGUGGGAAGUCCUUUCGCCAGAAAGCAACUCUGACUGUACAUCAGAAAAUACAUACAGGACAGAAAUCUUACGAAUGCCCUCAGUGUGGGAAAGCCUUUAGCAGGAAGUCAUAUCUCAUUCACCAUCAAAGAACUCAUACAGGAGAGAAACCAUAUAAAUGUAAUGAAUGUGGGAAGUGCUUCCGCCAGAAGACAAAUCUCAUUGUACAUCAGAGAACUCACACAGGGGAAAAACCCUAUAUUUGUAAUGAGUGUGGUAAGUCCUUCAGUUAUAAGAGAAACCUCAUUGUGCAUCAGAGAACUCACAAGGGAGAAAACAUAGAAAUGCAAUAAAUGAUGUGACUUCUUUGUAAAGCCUUCCCAAGUUAUUGUAAAACCUUAGUUUAAAAAACAGCAUGCUAAAACAUUUUAAAAAGGUAAUUUUAAUCACAAAUGUAAUAAUAGUUAAAGUACCAACUACAUAACUACUGUUUACUAGCAUAUAUAAUGGGUAUGAUCAUUUGUUAUUAAAUUCUAUCAGAAAUGAAGCUAAAUUUUAAGUUUUCAAGUUCUGUUGACUCAGUUUGUUUUUUUAAAAAGUACUUACAUAAUACAUGAAGACCAAGAUACAAAAUGGUCAUAAUGUCAGUUUCUAUAAAAGAAGGAAAAUAUGAAAUAUAUUUCUCCUUAUGCUCUGGAAUAAAAAACAGUUGUUACUUCCCCAAAGAUUACCAUGUAUCUGGCUUAAAAUGUCAUGAAGUAGUCUUUGCAUGUCUUUAAACUUUAUGUAUUUUUUUAUCAUGUAUCAUGAAUUUUUUUGUGUCUUGUUUCACUCAACAUUUUUAAGAUUCAUACAUUAUUGCAUGUGGCAGUAAUGUGUUCAUUUUCAUUCUGUUUACUCUUCCAUCUUACAAUAUACCACUAUUUAUCCUUUUGAUGGAUAUUUGUAUUUUUUUAUAAUUUUGUGUUGUAAUAAAAAUGCUGCUUAAAUGCUAUAAAUGUU